UACUCCCUCCCUCUCCCGUUCUCCCCUUUUUAUGAAAAACCCUAAAUUUCCCGAUCUGUAUUCUGCACCUCUUUGGGAAAAAGCGGAAAACAAUAGCUGCACUCUAAAAAAGCACUUAUGGCAAGCAAAGAGCCCGAACACGAGCACAGAGAAGACGGAGAAGCACCCGCCGCCGAAGAUGAAGACACCGGAGCUCAAGUGGCUCCCAUUGUCAAGCUCGAGGAAGUCGCUGUCAGCACCGGCGAAGAAAACGAAGAUGCCAUCCUCGAUCUGAAGUCGAAGCUGUAUCGAUUUGAUAAAGAAGGGAAUCAAUGGAAAGAGAGAGGAGCUGGUACUGUGAAGCUUUUGAAGCACAAAGAGACGGGGAAAGUUCGUCUUGUCAUGAGGCAAUCCAAAACUCUCAAGAUCUGUGCCAAUCAUCUGGUGUUGCCGACGAUGACGGUGCAGGAGCAUGCUGGGAAUGAUAAGUCGUGCCUGUGGCACGCUGCUGACUUUUCAGAUGGUGAAUUGAAAGAUGAACUUUUCUGCAUUCGUUUUGCAUCCGUGGAAAAUUGCAAAACCUUUAUGGAAAUGUUCCAAGAGGUUGCUGAAUUGCAAAAACCGAAUGAGGAAAACAAAGAUGCAUCUGCUGCUGCGGAGUCACUUGAGAAGUUGAGCGUCAAAGAAAAGAAAGCUGAAGAUAAAGCUGGUAAGGCUGUUGCUACAAAUGAAGGAAAGGAAACAAAAGCCUAUGAUACAGAUAAAGCAGAUAUUGAGAAGAAAGAUGGGGAGGCAACUUCCUCUACUUAAAAGAAGGUUGGGUUUGUUUUCCGUGCCAUUGUCUUUUGGGGAAUAUGGGAGUUUAUGGGUUGGAAUGGUCGAGCUCUUUUGUGUACUUGGGUUUGGGGCGUUGUCGAGGGUUGGUUAAACCCUGUCAUAUUUAAAGUCAUGUCGAGGAUAGAUUUCAUUCAACUGGGUUUUUUGCCUGGUAGUAGUAGUGGUACUUUGUGUCAAAUUUCUUUUGCUGCUCUGCCCAUGCAUAGAGAGAGUUGGGGGUUUUGAACAAAAAAAAAGUUGGGGAUUAUUAUUUU